AUGGCCGUCCAAGAACCAUUGGUUCCGCACCAUCAAGUGUUUCUUAAUUUCCGAGGAGAGGAGCUUCGUGACGGUUUCGUCAGUUAUCUGGAGACUGCAUUGAAAAACGCUGGGAUCAAUGUGUUCAUAGACAAAAAUGAAAUGAGGGGAGAAGAUCUAACCGUUCUUUUCCGUAGGAUCGAAGAAUCAAAGAUUGCGUUGGUCGUGUUCUCGAGAAGGUACAUGGAAUCAAAAUGGUGUUUGAACGAGCUGGUCAACCCAAUUGAGUUAGAAGAACUUUUCUAUGAUGCACGUGAGAUUCAUAGCAAUGUGCAGACUCACAUUAUGGAGAAAUGGAAGGUGGCAUUGGAGUGUAUUAAGUCAAAGAUGGGCUUGACUUUGAAGGAACAGAGUGAGGCCGAUUUCGUCAAGGAAGUCGUGGUCGAGGUCAUGAAAAGGCUCAGCACCAUUCCAUGUAGUAUGGAAGGAGAAGAGAAAGUGGCUAGUCUCUUUGGAAUCGAACAUCGGAUCAAGCAAGUCGAGGAAAAGUUUGGUUUCGGUUACAGCGACGAAACUAGAAUUGUGGGAAUUGUUGGGAUGCCUGGUAUUGGCAAAACCACUCUCGCAACGGAGCUGUUCAAGAGGUAUCAAAACAAGUUCAUUCGCUGCGUGAAUUUUCUGAAGAUCCGUAAGGAGACGGAUGCUGGCCAUUUGAGGAUGACGUUCCUUAAAGACUUACUUCCGAAGACAAAGACAAACAUAACUGAUAAGACGACCUUCUUUGCUUUAGGGGGUUUCAAUCCCGAGAUGGGAGAUUAUAUGAAAAUGUCUAGAGUGUUUGUGGAUUACGUUAGAGGCAACCCAAAAGCUCUCAGAGAAUUGGGUAAGGAACUUUGUGGGAAAGGGGAGACGCUCUGGAAAGCACGGCUUAAUACAUUGACAACAUGUUCCAACAAGAGCAUUCAAGAUCUGUUGAAGAUAAGCUAUGAUGAGCUUAGUGAAGAGGAGAAGGAUGCGUUCCUUGACAUUGCGUGUUUCUUCAGAUCAGAGGACGAGUUUUAUGCGAGAGAAGCUUACUGGAUCAUGGGGAUCAUGAUGAUGAGUCCUCUGAAGGUGCCAGAUACCGAAAUUGUGACAUCUGUGAGAGGCAUUUUUCUAGACAUGUCUCAAGUAACGGACAUGCCUUUAUACAGUUGGGUCUUUGCCAAAAUGUGCAAUCUAUGGUACCUUAAAUUCUACACUUCUACUUGUCCUCGAGAAUGUGAAGGCGACUGCAAGUUAAAUUUCCCUGAUGGACUUUCAUUACCUCUGGAAGAGAUCCGGUACCUGGACUGGCUGAAAUUCCCGUUGGAGGAACUUCCAUCUGACUUCAACCCCAAGAAUCUUGUUGAUCUAAGGCUGCCUUACAGCAAGAUUAAACAAGUUUGGAAAGCUUAUAAGGAUACACCGAAACUGAAGUGGGUGGAUCUUAACAACUCGAGAAAGUUGCAGACGUUGGCAGGGUUCUCAAAGGCCCCAAAUCUUUUGAGACUAAAUCUUGAAGGUUGCACAAGCCUAGAACGUUUAUCUGAAGAGAUGCAAACAAUGGAAAGUCUUGUUUUCUUGAACUUGAGAGGAUGCACAAGUCUCUCGCAUCUUCCGCAGAUGAAUCUGAGUUCAUUGAAAACUCUUAUCCUCAGCAGCUGUGCAAAGCUUUAUAGAUUUCAGCUAAUUUCCGAAAAUCUAGAAUCUCUCUACUUGGAUGGAACUGCAAUAGAGGAUCUCCCUUCAGACAUUGUGAAGCUUCAAAGACUUGUCUUAUUGAAUCUAAAGGAGUGUAAAAGGCUGAGGAGUCUUCCAGAGUGUAUAGGAAAGCUUAAAGCUCUUGAAGAACUGAUUCUCUCUGGCUGUUCAAAUCUCGAGACUUUUCCAAAUGUUGAAGACAGCAUGGAAAAUUUCCGGGUUUACUACUUGAUGGGACUUCAAUCUUAG